AUGGAACCCCACGAAGAAGUGAACUAUGAUGACCGUUCCCACCCAUCUCCUCGAGCUCAGCCUACCAGUUUCAAGCCGGUAAUUAUUGGUUUGUAUGGCCUCCCUGGGUCUGGAAAGUCUUUCCGACUGGAAGAACUCAAAACGGUACUCGACAAUGACAAAUUUGCGUUCUAUGAUGGCAGCAAUGUUAUCGCAGCGGUGACUCCUGGGGGUCUUGAAGCAUUCCAGAUUUUGACCAAAGAGGGUAAAAAUGAUGCCCGCGAGCGUGCUAUAGCCAGAGUCAAGCAGGAAUGUUCCAACACGGGGAAAAUUGCUAUAGUGGCCGGGCAUUUCAUGUUCUGGGCUGAGGAAGAUGAGCAUGGCCAGUCAGUUUGUACACCGAGUGAUCUGGCUACGUAUAGCCAUAUCCUAUACUUGAAUUCCCCCGCUGAGCUCAUCGCGGAGUAUCGUUUGAAUGAUGCUAAACGGUGCCGCCCGACUGUGUCAACCUCCCAUCUGGCUAGGUGGCAGCAAAUCGAGCAAAGCCACCUUCGUCAACUUUGCAGGUGCCACGAUAUCCUCUUCACGCUAGUGUCGCCACUAGUAUCCGCCAGCAAGCUCGAAUGGAAAACAUACUCCACCGUGGAAACUGUCAUCAUGAUGGAUGCAGACAAGACGUUGGCAUCGGAAGAUAGCGGAGUGCUUUUUUGGGAGCAGGUUCGCAGUGCUUCAGCUAAGCGCAACCCCUUGAAAGCUUUGUUCAGCAGUCCACUAGGAUAUUCCUACACUGCCUUUCGCCAGGCAACACUGCUGUAUGAAGAGGCUUUUGACGAUGUGGAGUUUGAGGCUUGUUGCCAAACUGUUUCAUCAAUGGUACACAUGCACAGUGAUAUUAUUGAUCUCUUGUACUUGAUUCGCGAUGCGAGUCAUGUACGCGUGGUCGUGGUUACCUGUGGGAUCCGAUCUGUUUGGGAAAAGGUGCUUAAGAGAAUGGGUCUCUCGAAGCAGGUCCAAGUGAUUGGCGGUGGGCGUCUGAGUGACGGUCUUGUUGUGACGCCCUCUGUCAAAGCCGGACUGGUGACUUAUUUGUCGACUGUUCGACACCUUUAUGUGUUUGCAUUGGGGGAUAGUCCUCUGGAUUUGGGAAUGCUUGAGUCCGCAGACCAGGCUAUUGUCGUCACCGGCGAAGAGACGACACGAAGCAAUAGCAUGGAGAAGAAACUGGCAGAGGCCAUUGGAAAGAUCGGGUUCCAGCCGCGCCAGACACUCUUGCCUUAUCAUGUCACACCGCGUCUUGACAUCACUCUGCUACCUCUGGUGCGAUUGACAGAUCAGAAUUUCAUCGAUUCGGUUCUCGCCAGACGCCAAAAUCCUCAUGUGAUUCACGCCACUGACCGGCCCGCCGCCAAAUUGCUCAUGACACCAAUGCGCGAUGCGUCUGUUUCUGGACCGGCGUUACGAGACGCUCAUCGGCGUGUUGGGUGGUAUUUGGGAACAGAAUUCUGUACCCAAAUCAUUGGAAUCGAAUCGCGUCCGAUUACACAUGUCCAGGGCCACCAGACCGACGGGUAUCAACUCCUGAACGAGAAAGCAACAUUGAUUGUGCCACUGAUGCGUGGAGGUGAGCCAAUGGCAUUCGGAGUCAACGAUGCCUUUCCGCUCGCAAUGUUUCACCACGCGAAGGUUCCCAAUGACCUUCAACAUGAACAUCUGAAGAAUAUGGUCGCAAUCAUACUGGUCGACUCGGUGGUGAAUACUGGCAAAUCGGUAUUGCAGUUCGUGCAACAUAUCCGGAAUCUCAAUGCAACUAUUCGAAUUGUAGUGGUUGCUGGGGUGAUUCAUUCGCAAACUGUUUCCAAGAGUAGGAUUGCUGGGUCAUUCAGUCAAUUUGACCGACUGUCCUUUGUCGCUCUUCGUCUUUCUGACAAUCAAUUCACCGGCAGAGGGACUACUGAUACUGGAAAUAGGUUGUUCAACACCGUGGAUAUGCCUUGA